AUGGAUUCCCAGGGAUAUGCAGUUGCUCGAGACGGAAGCAAGUAUACAUCCAAGUUCUUUCCUCCGAACCCUGCUGUCCUCAACCUGGCUAAUCUCGCCAACCGGGAGCCUCUCAUGCAUUUGGUCCAGCAGACAAUCCUGUACCAUGUGCGCAAUGGCAAUCCACUGGUUCGGCUGUGGAAGGAUGCUUACGAUGCUGGAUAUAUCGAAGGCUCGGCAGCUCCGUAUUCUCAAUACUUGUUAGCCGUGAGAAAGAUGACUGGCAGAAUGCUUAAUAGCGAGUUCAAUCAGGAAAAGACUAAGACCACCGUCCAGGUUCAGUCUGAGAUCAUCAAGGCUCUUGCUGAAGAACUCUGCUAUGUCGGCACCCCGACUGUAGCCGAAGUCAAGACGGAGUCUCCGAGCCCGGUCAACCUUGCUCAAGCUAGAUUCAGCCCUCUCGCCCCCGAAUUUUCGCCAGAGAAGUCUGCCGUGAAGUCUACUUCAGAGGAAGUACAGCAUACCGUCGAAUAUAAGCCUAGUGAUGCCCGACUAGCAAGCUUCGAAGAGCGAUGCAAGAAGCGUGGACUACGAAUCGCGUCGGCAAAGAAGUAG